AUGGCUACCCAAAUCAUUCCAACGGGGAGCUCGACCAUGACAGAGAGCGAAGCGAUCAUAUCUGUCCAGACUGAACAGGGCAAAGUCCCAGUCAAGUAUAGCGACGACGACACUGUACUUGACAUGAAACGUCAACUCGAGGCUUCCCACGGCUACCGUAUUGAGAGUCAACAAUUCUCGUUCUCCGGCGGGGUUCCCGGAGACCCGGUCGAGGAAGUUGGAGACGCAAGACUUGUCCGGGACUUCGCCCGGAGAUCAGGCACGCUCCGACUGAACGUGAAAUUUGCCCACGUGAAUAAGGCGGCAGCUGAGACAGGCACGGCCUUAGGAGACGACAGAGUCCAGCAGUCGACUUCUAACAAUAGCAUCGGCGAUUUGAAGAUGUCUGACACUGGGCGAGUCGUCGUCGGACAAUAUCACAGUGAAACGGCUGUAGCCAGUGGAAGCGGCGGAAUCUCAGGAGCCAUCAACACGGUCACUACUGCAUCGGUCAUCGGAGAAGCCAGAUUGAGGGUCGGGGACAAGUUUGGCGGUCGCGACCCUGAUGAAUAA